UCUCGACGUGUAGGACAACAAACCAACAUCUGACGGAAGAGGAUUUUUUUCCUUUCUUUCAAAAUGACGAAGAGGUCCGGCUGGUACUAUGAGAAGCGGGAGCUGCGGCACACGCCCAGCAUUCAGGCGGGCCUCACCAUGGAUCAGGAGACGCAGUACCGUCGGGAAGGAGCGCGUUUCAUCCUGCAGGUUGGGAACAAGAUGGGGCUUCGCUACGAGACCAUGGCCACGGGAGUUGUCUACUUCCACCGCUUCUACAUGGUCCACACCUUCCAGACCUUCCCCAGACACGUUACCGCAUGUUGCUGCCUUUUCCUAGCUGGGAAGGUGGAGGAAACACCAAAAAAGUGCCGUGAUAUCAUGAAAACUGCAAGGAGCCUUAUUGACGAUACGACUUGGGCUGAAUUCGGGGCUGAUCCACGGGAAGAAGUAAUGACUCUUGAAAGAAUUUUGCUGCAGACAAUCAAAUUUGACUUCAUUGUGGAACAUCCAUAUACCUACCUCCUCAAAUAUGCCAAGUGCCUUAAAGGUGACAAAAAGAGACUACCAAACAUGGUACAAAUGGCAUGGACGUUUGUGAAUGACAGCCUGUGUACCACCCUAUGCCUUCAGUGGGAACCAGAAAUUAUAGCAAUUGCUCUCAUGUACUUGGCGGGGAAGCUGAGCAAGUUUGAUGUGACAGACUGGGUGGGCCGCACCCCCAAACACCAGCGCUGGUGGGACAUGUAUGUCGAAGGGAUCUCCAUGGAGCUGCUGGAAGGUAAUUACAAGAUGAUGCUUAGUAUAAUCACCGAGAGCUUUGUUCCUGUCACCCUGGCCUUCAGCUGA